UAAAGAAGGAAGAAGAAGAAAAGAUGAACGCGCGGUUGCGGUUUGUUUAUGUUAACUGCUAUUAACGGUAUAAAAUUACGGAGUUCCGCGGGAUUCCGUAAAGUUUCAAUGGAAGUCGCAAUCGCAACAAUAUCCUAUCCAUUCAUACCUUGUUUAUCCCUUUCUAUCCGGUAUUAGGGAUUUCGAUUUCGAUUUUUCGAUUUCGGUUUCGAUUUCGGCAUAUUUCGAUGUUUUGAUGUUUGUAGUUUGAUUUUUUGCCGAGUAUGGUGACGCCAGAGAGCUGGAUCUCUGUUUGGAUCGAUCGAUUUCUCUCUUGUUUGGGGAGCACCAAAUGUGCACCUGCUAUCACCGGGAAUAAUCUGAAUUCUAGGAUGCCAAGCAUGUCAGAAGAUUUUUGGAGCACAAGCACGUGUGAUCUCGAUGAGUUGAUUACGCUUCAAUCUCGACAGAGCUCAUUUAUCAGCAUAAUAAAUCAUAACCCUAAACAUGGAGGUGGCACUGACGAUCUGAGCAAUCAUUCUGACUUUGUAAAUCAUGGUUUGAUUCUUUGGACUCAGACCAGGCUUCAAUGGAUCGGAAAUUAUGAGCCUACGAAACGAACCAAAAAAAAUCAUUUUACAGGAUUAAGUUGGUAUAUGACCAAAGACCUCUUGCUGGAAAACAAAAAACCUUUUCCUCGGCCCAUACCUUUAUCUGAAAUGGUAGACUUUCUGAUAGAAGAAUGGGAAGAAGAAGGGCUGUAUUAUUGAGCCAAUCAAUGGAAAUAAAACACCAUCACCUUGUACAUACACCAUGUUUGUGACUUUUUCAGAGUGUAAUUAAACGGCCACUGCCUUAACUUGGGAUCAAUUCGGUAUUAACAUACAAAAUGACACCACCUGGUUGGCUAACCUUUUCUCUAUUGGUACAUUGAAGAUCUCUUGGGGAGAAGCCAAGUGUGGAAUAAACUGAAAUCCAAGUUCUUCUGAAUGAUCGGCGAGCUAAACGGUGAGCCUCCUCCGACCAUCAGCUAAUAUAUAUACUUCAUACAUACAUAUCGAGCUUUCUUCGUUGUUUCUUCUACACAUGACAGUAUUUUAAAAUAUGCAGAAGCAUCAACUUUGUAGUGUGUUUAAUACAAUGUUGAUGAUUGACUUGUUGUAAUUGAUGUAUAAGAAUAGAUAUUAAUCUCUAACCCACAAACUUUCUUGCUUUGAAUUCUGAUAAUACUGAGCUUGAUUUUGUGGUGAUAUUGCUGUCAACUUUGUGUUGGAUGGUAGAGAACAAAUAAUAGACAAAGUCAAGUCCCCAUUGUCC